AUGAAUACCGCUGCUUUUAAGGCCAAUGACUCAAAAUCACAGCUAGAAUAUAUAGAAGAUAUUGAAAAUCAAUUGAUUGACGAUGAUAAUGAUAUUGUAGACGCUACAUUUUGCGAAAAUUGUUUCAAGAUUUUACCAAAAUACCUGCAAAACGAUGAUAAAGCAGUUAGACAGCGUAGCUUAAAGAUUUUGGAACAUAUUGGCACAAAAGAUUUCCAAAUACCAGAAGAUACAACAACAGUUUGUUAUUCAAUAAUUUUAUGUCUCACUGACCAAAGAGAAAACAUCAAAUCACAAGCAUUAAGAACACUAACAUCUCUCUUAAGCGUAAUUCCUGCUGGCUUUUUCAUCCAACAAUUCGAUCAAUUCAAUAAUAAUUUUUCAUCUGAAAUCAGAAAUGAAUUAAUAAGCUAUAUUAACGAAAAAAUUGAUACUUUGACCAUUAAUGAUUGGAAGUCAUGCAUGCUACUUAUUGCAACCGCUGUAGAAGAUAAGGUCGAAAAUACAAAGCUAAUUGCGCAAGUAUUUUCAAAGAAUCAAGACUUCACUGAUGCAUUACAGCAAGCAUUUGCCUCAUUGCCAUCAAGUCAGCAGAAAUUAUUACAUCAAUAUAUCGAUGCUUCUGGAAUUGAAGUUGACAAGAGUAAAUCAAUGAUCUCCGAGAUAGUUGAAACUCCAGAAGCAACAAUAGCAAUCAAUUCUUCAGCUUUCUCUCGUAAAUCAAGAAAUGAGCAAAUGUCUGAAGAAGAUGGACUGAAACUUAUUCAUGAUUCAACAGCUUUUGCUCCAUUUUUAGCUUCACUUUCUAAUGAUGUUCGCGAUGUUUUUGAUGAUGAUAUUUCGAAAUUACUUCUUUCUACUUUAUACGUUGACAGAUUGAGUGCUCUCGAAAGUUUGCGCACAGCAUUCAAGCCUCCAAAGAAAUUCCAGUACACAAUUGAUAUUAUGCUCAAAUGGUGCGGAAUUCAAUUUUUAAUGAGACAAGUUUCAUGCGCCCAAGCAGCUUUGGGCUUGCUUUUGGAUAACUUACAGGAAGGCAUAAAGGUUUCAAAGGUAGAAUUGACUUUUAUUGUUCCAAUUGUUUUAUGGUGCAUUGCAACAAAAAGUGAUGCAUACAGUGAUCUUCUUGAUGCACUUAAGUUCAGUUCUAAGAACUCAGAUUACGCUUAUGCUCUUCUUAAGUCAAUUUCGCUUGAACACUCUGCAAUCAUUACAAUUAUUUUCGAAGAGCUUGGCAAGCUUGACGAUUUAACAAGUGUUGAAUCUCAGUUAAAGGAUUUAUCUCACAACAGGCUUAAGAUCAUUUCCGAACCCGCAAAACAAUUAUUAUUCUCAAUUGCUCCAAAAGGUGUUGAUGGCGACGGAAAUAUAGACACAAGCGAUCCUAUUGCUGCUUUACAAGCUCAGAUCGAGAGAAUUAGAUCAAUUCCUGAAUUCAUCAGAAAUCAAAGAGAAAUUUUCUCAUUUUUAUUCUCAUUAUAUGAAGAUCAGCCAACAGAUGAAAGACUUGUUAGAUACUUAUUGUAUUGUACUUAUGCAUUCUUAUCAGAGCCAACACUUAUCAGUGCAAUCGAGAAUCAAUCACUUGUUGCAUUGUUUAAUUCAAUGCUCAAUUUCUCUUUAGACAUUGAUCAGAAGUUUAGUGAGCCAAUGAAUGCAAUUGGUUUUAUUUUGGUCACUGUCGUCCCUGUAUUUUCAUUAUAUCAGUCAUUAAUCAUGUUCAUUGAUAAGCAGCCUGAGAGAAUCACGAGACAAACAUUUGUUUAUAAUGUUUUCAUGACUGCAAACUCUCUCUUCUGCUUAGAUAGAGUUGGAGCUGAUCUAAUGAUGCUCAGAGAUUACGUUAAAGACGCCAUCACAAGAUAUGGAGAUGUUCCAAAGGAAGAUCUUCGCCCUGUUCUCUAUAAGAGCCUUCUCACUGAAACGGUUACACUUGAUCAGCAAAGAAGAAUGACAUCAGAAUUCUUUAAGCAAAAUCAGAGUGUUGAUCAAAGAAUUGUCGGCAAAGUUGCAAUGGAAGAAGAAUAUGAGGAACCUCCUGAGAUGACUGUUAAUGAUAAGCUUAUUUUCGUUAAGAUUGUUGAUAAAAUCGGAACGAUGGCAACCAAGCAAGAAGGUAUUCAGGAAUUGAUCCAAUUUGAUCAAGAAAAUAAGUGCAAUAACGGCGCAAUUAACGCGGUUUGCAAACUUGCGCCAAUGUUAAGAACUGAAUUAUCUCAAUAUCUUUCGAAGUAA